AGAGGUGCGAGCAAAUCGAGCAUUAUUGGCCUGUGGGAGUGAGUACUUUUCCAGAAUGCUUUAUGGCGAUAUGAAGGAGAGUUCGAUGAACACAGUACCUCUCCCUGCUGCCAGGGCCAACUGUCUUCAGGUUGUUAUAAGGUACCUGCAUGGUCAGCAUUUCCGAUCAGACACCGACAGGUGCUGGGACGAAAUGGUGGAAGUGUACUCCCUGGCAGCACAGUACCAGGUGGAUCUCUUAUGCCAGAGGAUUGCACUAUUGGUCCCAAGUCUUGUUUCUGCACGUGAAUUUGGAGAUCUGCUAAACGCGGCAAUCCCAAGGCGUGCCGAGGAAUUGCUGAAGGCUUCAGUCGAAGCAAUGAACAAAGUUUUGGUAUUUGAUUCAAUGUCGUUCCAGGGGUGGAGCAAAGAGAGCAUUGAGUACUGCCUGGAGAAUGUGCAAUUCCAUCCGAAUGUAACUGAGACGAUGGUGGCAGAGGCUGUUCUUUCUGCAGCAUCCAGCAGCGGGAGUGUUACUGCAGAGGGAGAGAAUGGGCAGAAUGCAUCUGUUAGGGGGGAUUGCACUGUUGAAGGGUCCGACGACUGUUUGGUCGUGGAGGUUGUACCAAGUUGUUCAGGCGUUGAGAGGAAGACUCUUGGUUCUUAUACGGUGACCUUGAGACCAAUGAUGACAAAGAGUGCACAGAGACAUUUCUUGAUUCGGAUCAGGGCAAACGGUUCAGAGGAGCUAUGGUUGUGAUAUUGGACAUGACCAAGCGAUCGCUGACUUUUGCCAAAACAGUAAAGCAGUACCUCGAUC